AUAUUAAAAAAAUAAUUCCUUAUCUUCAAUUUUCAGCACAAAAUUCUGUAUAACUGACAUUUCAUUCAAGUAGCACCAUCAUCAUGGUUCAACACGCUGCAGAUGCAAACUUGCUGAGCCUUAGAGUGCUGAGGGUUGCCCAUGAAGCUCGUAUGUGCCAUGGGUUGCGCCACAAGGACUAUCAGAUGUACAGGCAAUACUGCAGCCGCCGCAUCAGGAGGCUGCGUAAGAGGUUUGACAUCAGACAAGGGGAAAAGAAGUACAGAAAACGUGAACUUCAACCUGCCGCAAUCAAAGAGGAGAAAAUGUUAGAGCUGCCUUUGCUGAUGGCUGAGCGCUACUGGGCAUACGCCAUGCAAUUGAAGGAGGAAAGCAUGCAGGAUCCAAGGAAGAAAUUUGCUCUCAGAAACAAGCUUAGGAAAGCUGCCACCUACAGUGUCAAUUUUGAAAAAAUUGUCGAGGCAUGUGGGAAGUGUGAUGCUCGCACCCAGCUGGAGGUGCAAGGAUACAGUGCGUGGCUGCAGGGCACCGUGCUGUUCGAGCUGGCUGAGUGGACUCAGCAAUGGGAUGCUCCUGUGGUUUUCUUCAACAAAGCCAUUGCCAUUUACUCAAAGUUGAGUGAAGCAGUGACGGAAGAAGAGGCGGGCAUCAUUAAAGCGCUGGUGUCAGAAGUGGAAGUGCAGCUACGUUAUUGUCGCCACCACCUUGGAGACAAGGCUGCUACCUCAUCCCUUCUCGCCAUGACUGACGACACUGCUCUUGGCGAGAAGCUUGAUGUGCUGGUGUCGCAGGCUCGUGAGAAGCAGGCAGCUACUCUAAGUGAGGUCACUUGGCGCGGCCGUACGCUUUCUGUGAAGCAGGAAAAGGUCCGCUUGUUCUUGCUGAAAGAGAGCGAGAGUGCAGGCCGCGCCCGUUAUGGCGACCGCUUCAACCAGCUGGACAAGCUGCUGAUGGAGUGUAAGGACGCCAUCGCGCUCGUCAGAGAUGACCUAAACAAUGACCCAACAUUCAAGACUCGUCAAGCUGCCAACAGCGGUCCAGUGUCGAGCGGCCAUUUUCUGUACUCGUAUCUGUGCUACCUGCGACUGCGUCUCACUCUCGCCCGCAACGUGGCGCUACUGACGCAGUACUCCGCCAUAAUCGCCGGCAAAACUUCCGCUGCUAAAGGUUCGAAGGUGCCCCGAGACCAGGAUGUGGUGCGUCUCUGCGAUCUCUCCAUGCAGAACCUCAACGAGAUGUGCCAGCUUGCCGGUCUAGAGGACGAUCUUGAGCUCAAGCAAGAAAACGACUCGAAAAUUGCCUACUUCAAGGCACUCAGGUGCUUCCACGUCGCCGAGAGCUACGCGAAGCAAGAGAAGUGGGUGGAGGCGAUGACGCUGUAUAAGCGUGCGGAGGAGCGCAUCGCUCAGGCCAAGAGUCAGCCCAACCUGCAGAGCAGCGAUGAGGCGUCGCUGGAGGCGCUAGCUGAGCAGCUGGCUGGGCUGAGCGUGACUGUGAAGGCCCGGGCGCUGCUGCCCUCUACCUCCACUACGCCGCACCCCAGCCCCUCCCAGGCCAUCAAGAAGCCGCUGUCUGAACGCAUGGACGAGUAUUUGGAGGACCAGUGUCUGCUGAACCACACAAACCCUCGUGUGCUGCCCAUGCCGCCGUCCCUCUCAGCCGUGCCAUGCAAGCCGCUCUUCUUCGACCUCGCCCUCAGCCACGUGGCUUUCCCGUCGCUUGAAAAAUGCGUGCCAACUCCUGAGCAACCGUCGCCGGCACAGCAGAAGGCAGCACAGCAGCCUGGGGGCCUGUCCAGCAUUGUCAAAGGGCUCUGGGGAUGGGGGUCUAAGAAGUAGGAUAUUAACUUAAUUGUUUAACAUUGCUUGAUUUAGUGUUCUUUAAAAACUUGUUUUUUUUUUUACUAAUUUAAAGCGAUUUUUGGAUGGUUUCAAAUAGGUAUCACUUAUAUCUCUUGCACUAAAUAAAGAGUGUGUGCACCGGCAGGACCAAUAAUUCAGUAUUUAGUUUGGCAGUCAUACGGACUGUCGUAAUAAUGGUUCAACUAAUUAUGUAUCAUGUUGGGGCAGCAGUUCCCAUUGCGUAAACGUAAUUCUUUUCAGUCCCAAUAAUAAUUUAACCUUCGAUAGUUUGAUUCACUAUAUCAAAAAGUUCUUUUCACUCAAUGUGCCAGCUUACGUUAUUUGUUGUGGUUUGUUCCACUUGUUGGCUUUCUUUCCCUUUGCGUUUUGAAAAAGUGAAUGAAAUUUUUUGUUCUUAUUUGAUCUUUGGAAAUUAUCGGUGUU